CUCAUGUCAGCCCUUGAAGCAUUUGUAAAUGAACAGAAGAAAAAAGCUGGUGGAAACGGCAUUGGCGGAGGUGGUAUCGGUUCUGCUUCCUUCAAUCCGUUUGUUGACUUACGAAGCAAACUUACAACUUCUUUGAGUAGUUUACCUCUUCUUUCACGUUCUGAGACCGCCGAUUCAGAGUCAUUGACUGGUGAGCUGGGAGCAGAUGGCCAGUUGCCGAACACAAGGAACAGAAAGAACAGUGGUUGGUUCUCCUUCGGAGAUGAGAAUUUCUUCGGUAUGUCACGCACACAGAGGAUUUUCGCCUUCUUCUUGUCACUUCUGGGCUCAAUUUUCUGCUUCUCAACGGUAGGGAUUAUUUAG